AUGUGUGUGUCGCCGGCGCCGGGCGUCUCUCGGUGUCUGGGCUUCGCCUCCUUGCUCGCCGGCUCGGGCUUCGGAGGGGCCACGACGCUCCCCGGCCGGGCGCCCUCCAUGGCAGCCAAGUGGUUCAAGGAGUUGCCGCUGACGCUGAAGACGGUGUCGGAGCGGGCGAAGCCCGGCGGAGGCGGAGGCGGCGGCGCCGGAGGAGGAGGAGGGGGCACGGGAGGAGGGGGCGGCCUGGCUAGCAAACUGCGCAAGAACUCCGAAGCUGGCGGCCCCGGGAUGCCCCCGCCGUCCGGCAAGAGCCGCAAGAACUCGGCCGCCGAGCUGGGCAGUUGCAAGGCGGCCGGUUCCGGUCCCGCCAAGGACAGUCGGUUGUCCCGCGACAGCAUCCAAGGGAUGCUCCAGGCGGCUGCCGGCAAGAGCCGCAAGAACUCCCGUGCCGCAGCCGCAGCCUCAGCCGCAGCCGCCCCCGAGGAGGAGCAGCCCCGCGGCUCGAUCAAGAGCACCGGCUGCAGCACCUACAUCAACCGGCUCAUCAAGGUGGACACCCAGGAGAAGAACGGGAAAAGCUACUCCAGUUCCAGCUCCAGCACCAGCUCCAGCACUUCUUCCUCCCCCUCCUCCCUGGGACCCGAACUGGACAAGGGCAAGGGGAUCAAGCAGCAAGAUACGGUGAUCAUUUUAGAAGACUAUGCUGAUCCCUAUGAUGCCAAGCAUACGAAGGGUCAAAGGGAUGCUGAAAGAGUAGGGGAGAAUGAUGGCUACAUGGAACCAUAUGAUGCACAGCAGAUGAUAACAGAGAUAAGGCGAAGAGGUUCUAAAGACCCCUUGGUGAAGGCUAUUCAACUGCUUGACAGCCCUUGCGAGUCAGGGGAGAAUGGCAUUAAAUCAGAGACUUUGACUAAAAGACGGAAUUCCAAAGACCUUCUGGGCAAACCCCCACAGCUUUAUGAUACUCCUUAUGAACCUGGAGAAGGACCCAAACCAGAUGUACAGGUGGGCACUAUACAAGAAAGGAAGAUGCGUUCCCCAGACAGCAGGCUUCCUGAAAAUGAUGAGCGACCAGCCGCAGAGUAUGAACAGCCAUGGGAAUGGAAAAAAGAACAGAUAGUGAAAGCAUUGUCAGUCCAGUUUGAGGGAUCGGAGAGACCUUCGAUCAAGGAAGAAACAGUGCGACAUCACCACAGGCAGAAGAGCUGGACCCAGAAGAUCCUGAAACCAGCACUCUCAGAUCACAGUGAAGGGGAGAGAGUGGACCCCGCUAUUUGUCUGGAAAAGCAGCCCUGGUAUCACGGAGCCAUCGCCCGGGCAGAGGCGGAGAGUCGGCUUCAGCCCUGUAAAGAAGCCAGUUACCUGGUGCGCAAUAGUGAGUCUGGGAACAGUAGAUACUCUAUUGCACUAAAGACCAGUCAAGGGUGCGUUCACAUUAUCGUGGCCCAGACUAAAGACAACAAGUACACCCUCGAUCAAACAAGUGCUGUGUUUGACAGCAUCCCAGAGGUGGUGCAUUACUAUUCCAACGAGAAGUUACCUUUCAAAGGGGCAGAACACAUGACCCUCCUGUACCCUGUACACAGUAGACUACACUGACUCCACCAGUGAAAGCCUGGGGCACCCGUUUCCCCCACGACAGCAGCACAAACUCGGCCCCUGGGUGGGCUGGACUUUUUCUCAGUUAUUGGUGUCUACUUUCUACAAGAAUUUUCAAGGAAGUAAAAGUCUUCAUUUUUAAAAAGAAUAAAUUAUUUGCCCCAAAUCUAGUCCUUAGCACCCACUUUCUUCUUCACUGAAGAGGAGAGCAGUAAGAAAUGAGAGUAAGUUCUCUGCCAUUGCCCAGAUGCCUAUACUAAAUAACACUUCCUCAGAAAGGAUAAGCAAAGACCCUAGCACAAAGCAAAAAGCAACAUCUGCCCCAUUUCAAUCACAGCUGAAGAAAGGCACCCAUUGCCAACAUCACUUUGUUGUGUAGUCCUCCUGCACUUGGGGAGGGACCAGCCAGAAAAAGACAGGGUACUUGAGCGCACACAUCACCAUGGGAUGGACCUUUGGGAAUGGAGAAACAGUACAAAAUGGAAAUUGGCCGGUAACCCUGGAAAAGGGAUCUCAAAAGAAGUUUUCUGAUAGGUUGUAAUUCAAGGAGAACUCCAAACUUGAAGGUUUGACAAUAGGUUUCUUUGGGAAUCAGCGUCCUAUCCCCCGUCUACCUUCUACUAAUGGAGUGUUUGCUCAAGAAUGUGUUUUCAAACCUGGCAUCUGUCCCAUGUGUGUAUAGCUGAGGAAAGAGGUAGGAAUCACCCCAGGUCUCAAUUGCUCUUGUAAUUAAACAUUAUUAGCAUUGUUCUGAAAUUGUAACAUAAAAUAAGGAGCAAAGGGCUUGUUAUUGCUGAAAAAAAUUUUUUUUAAAUUAAGUAGCCAAAUACUAUUUUAAAAAUGGAUAAUUUGUGAGUCUUUGCCUCAUUGGGGAAAAAAAACCCUAUUGCUAUGGGAUCUUUGUGAUUUGGGACAACUCGCCUAGAUUUGCUUUAUAAAAGUAGUACUUUGGGAUUUAACAGUAUAAGCUAAAUUGCUUUGAAAUUUUUUGUGUGUGUUUUUUUUAAGAGUUUGCCACUCUAUGCCUACCAGACUGAAUCGUAGUCUGUCUGCUAUGGUAUUUUAAAAUAAUUUUGAUUGUGUGUGUGUUUUUAACCUCAUAACAGGUUUUCUGUAAAUUUUAUUUCUCAUGCUCUUAAAUAAGGCUUUUGUGUUAUCUUUAUAGUAAGCCAUAAACUUAUAUUGCCAAUUUAUUUACUGUGAGAAAAACAUGGGGAUAACAGACUUACUGUGAGAAGAAUAAUAUUAUGGUAAGAGGCUCUAUAAUUAAAGCUGAGCAGCUGUUUCUGUAUUCUGGGGUUUACAGUUUAUUCCUAAAAAUGGUCUAGGUGCCUGCAAAAAGAUCCAAUGAAAAGUUAAUUUUUAUAGUCUGGGGAUUUUUUUUGUGUUUGAAAGGCCAGAAAAAUAUUAAUUUGUAUACAUUCUGAGGUAGGAAUAUCUCUGCAAUCACCAGUUAUUUUUCUAUUGUUAACAUUUCACUUCAUAUACAAAUUUUGGCCAAAGGGGCUAAUAUAUAAGUAUACCCUUGGUUUUAAAAUUCUGAAGGAAUCUUUUUGAUAAUACUUGUUUAUGUUGGUAAUCUUAUAACCUUUUUUUUUUUUUAAAGCAUAGGUUAGAACCUUUAAAACUGAGCUCAUUUUUAAGACCUCCACAGGUCAUCAUUACAUUAUGUUCCAUUUUAUCUAAGACCUUAUUCCGUAGUUAUUCUGUAAAUGGGGUCUUAAUGAAAUGUCCUAAUUUUAACAAAUGCCAAAACAUUGACAAAAGUUUACUUUGUGCACUAAAUGACUUAAAAACUUGGCACUACCAGCUACUGUGAUGAAUACUGAAGUAACAUUUUAAGGUAUAAAUUAGGUAUGUAGUUAAGCACUCAUAUUCCCAGCACUGUGCUUUUUUUCCUGGACUUUUAUUCAUUGUGUUGUUGUUCAGUUGUUUCAGUUGUGUCCGACUCCCUGUGACUCCAUUUGGGGUUUUUUUGGCAAAGAUACUAGAGUGGGUUGCCAUUUCAUUGUGAUGCCUAUGUAUUUCACUACAUUCAUUUAUAAAAAGCCAGAAGGAAAAAUGAGUUAUGUUCUUCUAAAAAGUGAUUUUUUAAAAUCCCUGGUGACUGGCAAGAGAGGAAUCUAUGGAAGAUGGUGACAAACCAGAAAGUUGAGUAAAUUGGGGGAUAGCAGUUAAGCUGCGCUUUAGAUUGUGACAAAAGCCUGAGAAUUCACAGCUGGGGUGGAGCCACAAAGUACCAUAUGUUCUAAAAACAAUUAGGCCCAGCAGGGUGUCACCUAAUGGCUUCCUUGUUAAGCUGCCUGGGCCAGCUGAUCUAAAGCUGUAUGAAAGCCAGAUAUUUAUUGUGAACUGGGGACUUAGGGGUUUGAUUAGUUUGUCUCAACUGCAAGCAUCUUAAAGUUUUAUUCACAUGAAUUAAAUUAUUUCCAGCAGGGGAAACAAUUUGUGGUGUUAUGAAGAGAUAGCGUUGUCAUAUAGAAUAUCCAGUUUUCAUAGUGUUUGGGACUCAUGUUUUCAUUUUGUUACUGAGAAAACAGGAGGCUGGGAGACAGUGACUUAUCUAAGAUCACACCUCUAGUUAGUAGGGGAAUUGCAACUAAAAUCCCAGAAUUGGAACAAAAAUCUGGCUUUCCUGGCAUGUUUCUGCAUUUCCUUGUACCCUACUGUCUCUAGGAUUUGAAUACAAUAUCCACUAAUUGUGUUUUAUGUCUCUUCUUCCUCCCUUAUUUCUUUUUGUGUAUUUCCCAGGCUACUGAGUUUUGAAGUUCACCAAACCAGUUCUUUCCCAUCACCUCCCUCACCUCCAGUUGAAAGCUUAUACUCAAAUACUUGGGUUGAUUGUUUUAAAAGGGCGAAUUUCUAAGAAACCUGGAAUAGUUAGCUGAUUGUUAUUUACAAGCACUAUUUUAAAAGUAAGGAUAGGGAAUCAUGGAAAAUUUUGAUAUGGGUGAACAAUAAAAACUUGCCCUGUUCCCUCUCCCCGCCCCCUUCUUUUUUUCCUAGCAGUUCUAAACAGAAAUGUUUCUUACAAGUAAGAUUUCUGAACAAGAAUCUCCUUCCUAACCGUUCAAAUUCUUCUGCUUUAGCAAGCAGCAGUUCAUUUAACUGUCUCCUUGGGUGGGGGAUAGGAGAGAAAGGCAUUCAGUCUGUAACUAUCACCAAAUUAUUUUUAAUUUUUAACAGGGAGAUAGAAAUUUAUUUGUUAAUUGGUAUACUGUUAGCUGUCUGUCUUGAGAAAGAGUCUGGCUUAUUUGAGGAUUGAGAGUUUGAGGGGGGUUUUGUUAAGUUUCAGAGUUUCAGAAGACUAAUUAAGAGAUUGUAAAGUUAGGUCUUUUUCAGUUUGUUUUUGGGGGUGGUUCUUAUGCAUUCAUUCAUUAGCCACUCUUUUAAUACAGGUUCCUUUAAGUGCCUUCUGCCAACAAAAAGGAUGGCCAUUUUUUCCCCCUCAUUCUAAUUAAGAAUGUUUUUUAGUUUCUAGGUCGUCUCACCAUCCCCAGGGUACUUUUGGCCUUUGACUAAAUUUCAGACACUGUUAUUCCCCUGUUCCACAUCUUGUUGUUUAAUUUACCUUAUGAUUUCCUGUAGCUGUAGUGACCAUAUGCUCCAGAUUUCCUGAAACUGUUCCAAUUUCAGGGGAAAAAAAAGUAUACUUUUAAUGAGACUUUGCAAAAGACAUAUCCUCUGUCAGACCCUGUGUCUCAGUUUUUGGUUGGGAAAAUGUGAUCACCAGUGUCUUUUUAAUGUCAUGAUAUCUCAGGGACCAUAUUUCUUGAUUAUUAAAAAUCAUUACCCAAGCUGCUAGUGGUUCAGUUGCCAGCUCCUCACCAAUACAUGAUGUCACUGGCUCAAUUGGCUAACUUAAAAAAUCUGGCCUGCUAUUUUCUUUGGAACCUGUAACGUUAUAAAGGAAAGAGUUGGGCUAAUACUACCAUCUCAUGGAAAUGAGAGCAAACUGCAGUGGGAAAAUUGAUGUGUUGGCCUAAUUCUUAUGGCUGACUGUCUGAACAAAGUGCCAUUCAGAAGAGAUAAUAUUAAUCCCCUUCAUUGUUUCCUAAUGAAUUACCGAAACCCUCUCCACGGGAGAAAGACUUGACAUGGUGCUGAUUACUGUAGCCACCUUGAAAUACCCUUCCCUCUCAAAGGAGAUUUGCAUCCUAAUAAACCUCUUUCCAUUUCAACCAGGGUUCCUGGGAUACUAUAGUGCUCAUCAUUGUUUAGGCUUGUAUAGCUUAUUUUUUGUAGUUCUAUUUUAAAUGAAAGUGCUGGUGAUUAUCAGAUAAUUGGGGCAGAUGUCUAAUUUUGCCAGAAUUCUUAAUUGUUCAGCUGUUUUUGUAAGGGGAACUUUGACAUUUUAAAAUAUCAGUUGAUAUAUAUAGGUUUAGCUUACAUUUUUUUGAAGAAUGUAUUUUAACCAACUGCCUAUCUUAUUAAUUUUUAAGUAUUUAUAAUACAGAAAUAUUUUGUACAAUUUCUGAAUGUAUUGUGCUAGCCAACAUAGGCUGCACAUCCCCCUGAAUUCUGUUUACCCUGAAAUGUAACUUAAAUAAAUGUCAUGUCAAACAAAUCAUAA